AUGGCCAAGCAUGACUUCAUGACAGCAAAGGCGGUGGCGAAUCGCCAAAAGUCGAAAGGGCUCCAGCGACUUCGAUGGUACUGCCAAGUGUGCGAAAAGCAGUGUCGCGACGAGAACGGGUUUAAAGCGCAUACGUCGAGCGAUGCCCAUCAGCGUCAAAUGCUUAUCGUGGCAAGCAACCCGAGUAAAUUUAUCCAGGGGUACAGUGAACAGUUUGAACGCGCGUUCCUCGAGAACCUGCGGCGGUCGCACACAACCAAACGCGUGAGUGCCCACGUCGUCUACAACGAGUACAUUCGCGACAAGCACCACGUCCACAUGAACGCGACGCGGUGGACGACGCUGAGUGGGUUUGUUCAGUACUUGGGGAAGACGGGCAAGUGCGUCGUGGACGAAACCGAGAAAGGGUGGUUCAUCCAGUACAUCAACAACGACCCCGUCGCGAUGGCCCGGCAAGAAGAACUCAAGCGGAAGCACCAAGCGCUACUGGAUCACGAAGAGCGCAAUCGGCGCUUCAUCCAAGCGCAGGUGAAAGAGGCACAUGCAAAGUUCGGCCAAGGAAACGGCGUCGACGACGACAGGCCCGCACCAUUGCAUCAGCCUCGCGUCGACAAAGUGACCCUGAGCUUAAAGCCCAAAACGUCCUCGGAAGCCAAAGUGUCCAAGGUGGUAGUCCAGCCUGCGUUUGGCCAACAUGCUGUUAACGCAGAAGAAGAGAAGGCGCCGCCGCCCCCGUCAAAGGGCGGCAAGCGCAGCGCCAUGGACGAGAUCAUGGCAGAAGAGACGUCGAAGCGGCAGCGGCGAGACGAAGAUGAAGAACGCGUGAAUCGCCUCGACUACUGGAUCGAUCAAGGGCUCAUUGUAAAGGUUAUGGACAAACAAGUCGGCGAUGGCGCGUACUAUAAGCAAAAGGGGGUCGUUCUUCGAGUCCUUGACAAAUACGUGGCGGAAGUUCGCAUGCUCGAGACACGGGACGUUCUUCGGGUCGAUCAGGACGACCUUGAGACGGUGAUUCCCGUCGUCGGGGGCACUGUGCGCAUCGUCAAUGGUCUCGGUCGUGGAGCGCUCGCCACGCUGCUCUCGAUCGAUGAAGGUGCGUACUCCGCCGCCGUGCAGAUCACGUCCGGUUCGAAGAAGGGACGAAUGCUGUCGGCAGUCGAGUACGAAGACAUUUGCAAAGUUGUAG